AAUAAGUAUGUAAGCAAUGUUUUUCUCUUCCCUUACAGUCCAUGUGUCACUAGAGUGAUUCAGAUCGAGCCUCAAGCAUAUGCAGAAAAUGACAAUAUUUGUUACAGUCCUCCACCCCCGUACAGCAGUCACAGCUUUGCACAUGAAACUCAGAUUACAAUGCAGUCUACAGUGCAGUUGCGCACUGAGUACGAUCCUCAUACACAAGUGUACUACACCACUGCGGAGCCACGAUCAGAAAUAUCAGUACAGCCUGUGACAGUGGCUCAAGAUAGUCUUAGCUGCCAGAGCCCAGAAAGCACAAGCUCGACAAGGGAUUUGCUUUCCCAGUUCUCGGACUCCAGUGUGCAUUGCCUUGAGCCACCGUGUACAAAGUGGACGCUCUCAACUUUUGCAGAAAAACAUUAUGCUCCAUUCCUCCUAAAACCAAAAGCUAAGGUUGUGGUUAUUUUUCUUUUCCUGGGCCUACUUGGGCUUAGCCUCUAUGGAACUACCCGGGUGAGAGAUGGGUUAGAUCUCACAGACAUUGUACCUCGGGAGACACGGGAAUAUGACUUCAUUGCCGCACAGUUCAAGUACUUUUCAUUCUACAAUAUGUACAUUGUGACACAGAAAGCAGACUAUCCAAAUGUCCAGCACUUACUUUACGAACUUCACAGAAGUUUCAGCAAUGUGACAUAUGUUUUGUUGGAAGAGGAUAGGCAGCUUCCCAAAAUGUGGUUACACUACUUUCGAGACUGGCUGCAAGGACUUCAGGAUGCAUUUGACAGUGACUGGGAAACUGGGAAAAUCACUUAUAACAACUAUAAAAACGGAUCUGAUGAUGCUGUUCUGGCUUACAAACUCUUGGUACAAACAGGCAACCGAGCAAAGCCCAUUGACAUCAGUCAGUUGACUAAACAGCGUCUGGUGGAUGCAGAUGGAAUCAUUAACCCAAAUGCUUUCUACAUCUACCUGACAGCCUGGGUUAGCAAUGACCCUGUGGCCUAUGCUGCCUCGCAAGCCAACAUCCGGCCUCACCGCCCAGAAUGGGUGCAUGACAAAGCAGACUAUAUGCCAGAAACAAGGCUAAGAAUUCCAGCAGCUGAGCCUAUAGAAUAUGCUCAGUUUCCUUUCUACCUCAAUGGAUUGCGUGAGACUUCUGACUUUGUGGAAGCAAUUGAGAAAGUGAGAGCUAUCUGUAAUAACUACACCAGCCUCGGAAUCUCUAGCUACCCAAAUGGUUACCCGUUUCUAUUCUGGGAGCAGUACAUUGGGCUUCGUCACUGGCUCCUCUUAUCCAUUAGCGUGGUUUUGGCUUGCACGUUUCUGGUGUGUGCCCUCUUCCUCCUAAACCCCUGGACGGCUGGGAUCAUUGUAAGUUUAUUAUAAGGGUCUUUGUUGAAG